CUUAAUACUCCUGUUCUAUAGGGUCGGCUGGAUGCGACACUUUCAGUUAGCUUACUACGUGGUAGAUAAAGCCCCGUGGAAGCGAGCGCAACCUGGCGUGCAUUGAGCAGUCUUAUCUUUUAUCUUUUGUGGCCCUUAUUAAAACCCUUGCCGCAUGCAUUUGUCCUAAGUUUCUCCUUUCAUUGUACGAAAAGAAGUGGACUGCGUCCUCAAGAUGGCCCACUGGGAAGGUCUGAUCGCUGACAAACUCAAUGACCGUGCAUCCAAAAUCCCUCCUGAAUGGGUUCUUCCCAAGACAAUUUUAAGCCAAAUCACCCAGGAUGCGAAUAUAAGUGCUUUCGACAUCCUGAAACAUCAUUGUUUGCUGUCAAGGGAAGAGGUGACUAUCACAGAGUCCUAUGACGCCCAAAGCCUUCACCAGGAGAUCAUCAAAGGCCGGUUGACCUCGCUUCAGGUCUGCAAGGCCUUCUGUAAGAGAGCUGCUAUUGCACAACAGUUGACAAACUGCGCGACUGAAAUCCUUUUUGCUGAGGCAUUCAAGCGAGCAGAAUUUCUCGAUGACUAUCUGGCCAAGUAUGGAAAGCCUUAUGGACCAUUUCACGGCCUUCCUAUCAGUGUGAAGGACAGCUUCAACAUCAAAGGACAGGCCACAACAAUUGGCUUUGUGUCUUUUCUACGGAAGCCAGUCGCAGCUAAAAAUUCACCCCUGGUUGAUAUCCUCCUUGCUAACGGCGCCAUCUUGUAUAUCAAGACGAAUAUCCCACAGACACUGUUGACCAUGGAUAGCGUCAACAAUAUUUUUGGAAGAACUUUGAACCCUCACAAGCUUGGCCUCAGUGCGGGUGGAAGUAGUGGGGGUGAAGGUGCUCUGGUGGCCUUCCGAGGUUCCAUACUAGGAGUAGGCACAGAUGUCGGAGGAUCCAUUCGUGCACCAUCUCUCUGCAACGGCGCAUAUGGCUUCAAGCCCACGGCAGACCGCAUUCCUCACGGGAGAGUUGAGUUAGGGGACAGGCCAGGGACACCAGGGGUUGUCUCGGCAGUCGGACCACUCGCCAACAGUGCAUCGGACCUGACUUUCUUUUGUAAGACAGUCCUUUCGUCGGAACCAUGGCGGUAUGAUUCCACCGCUCUUGGGACCGCAUGGCGGGAUGUGCCCCUCAAGAAGAAGCUGAGUAUUGGGGUUUAUAUGGGGGACGAGCACUUUCCCCUAUUUCCUCCUGUCAAACGGGCACUUUCCUCCGCGCAGGCUGCCCUUGAAAAUGCUGGUCACAGUGUCCAUCUUGUGACCAAUGCUCCUUCAUUUCACGAGGGUUUAAAGCUAGCGGCACGAUACUUCUUGUUCGAUAACAAACAGACUCUUCUGCGGCACGUUUUAGAUGGGGAUGAGCAACCAAUAAAAGCAUUAGAAUAUGCCUCCCCGGCUGCGCUAGCUGGGAUACAAGAUCCUAUACUGACGUUAGACGAUGUCUGGGACGCCAAUGCUUCUCUUAUGGAGUACCGGGAGAAGAUGGCUGAAGUAUGGAAACAACAUAAUCUGGAUGUCCUCAUUUGUCCGGGUCACUGGUCAACUGCAGGCCCACAUGAUACUUAUGGGCCGCCGGUAUAUACCGUUAUUUGGAAUCUGUUGAAUUUUCCUGCAAGCAUUAUUCCAUACUUGAAGGCUAAUAAGUCACUGGAUUCGGAAUCAUGCAGUGGUUAUGAUCCUGACGCGGUAGAUGGGGCGCCUACGGCUAUCCAGGUUGUUGGGUGGAGGUUUCAAGAUGAAGAAGUCCUAAUGGCCACUGAGGUCAUUGACAAGGCUCUUCAAUCCGACCUACGAUAUCGUACAAGGCUAUAGCUUGACGAAGUUUUCUAGGUUCGCUACCUUCCGUUGAAUACGGGAGACAGCUCUGUUUCAGUUCACGCGACUGUGCUCGCUACGAGCACCUAUCCUGCAUGAAAAGGAACACAGCCUAUGUAUAUAAGUGAUAAUGCCCUGUUCAGGAAUGACUGUAGGCAGGCCCAUCACCUGGGAACUUUGCUUUCGUGGCGUUUUCUUUCUCAUCUUAUUUUCUUCCUAGUAGCUAAAGGCAUACUGUGCAUACUGAUGAGGGCAUAAACAUGAUCGCUCCCUUACC